UCAACGAUGUCGUAAAUUAUGACUUACCAACUGAUAUUGACGAGUGUGUUCAUCGUGUUGGUCGAACGGGCCGCGUGGGAAAUGUCUGAAAAUCAAAUAAGGUUGUUUGACGAAGAAAGAGAUGGCCCUAACGCUGGAAAGUUUGUCUGUUUGUUAACUAAGUCCAACGGUGAUGUACCGCCUUUCAUGCAAGCGAUAGUCCCAGGCGUGCGUGGAAGGGGUUACGACUUUAGCGCCCCUUCGACCCAAGGGGGUUUUGCUAGUCGAGAUAUGCGCCGAUUCGGCGAUAAACCUGGAUUUGCUGCCUUGCCCACUGAAGUUGAAGAGAGUUGGCAUUAACUCAAUGUAAUUAACCAAAAUUCGUAUCCAAGAACAUCUUGGAAUUUGCAAUGUCUGUUUGAAAAUUUGAUUACGUGGUUAUUUUGCCAACCUAUUUACCUGAA